AUGGAGUCAUCCCUCACCAAGAUGCUCACGCCUACCUCCUCCCUCGACCUGCUCCGCGAGAUCGACGCUGUGACCGCGCCGCCCGCCACCUCGCUGCGCAAGGCCCGCCCCUACGUCAUCUCCAUCGUCGGCGUCAACGGCGUCGGCAAGUCCACCAACCUCUCCAAGAUCUGCUUCUUCCUCCUGCAGAACAAGUACAAGGUUCUCAUCGCCGCCGGCGACACCUUCCGCUCCGGCGCCGUCGAGCAGCUCGCCGUUCAUGUCCGCAACCUCAAGGAGCUCACUGCCCGUGAGGGCGGCCAGGUCGAGCUCUACCAAAAGGGCUACGGCAAGGACGCCGCCGCCGUCGCAAAGGACGCAGUCGCCCAUGCCGCCCACGAGGGCUUCGACGUCGUCCUCAUCGACACGGCUGGCCGCCGGCACAACGACCAGCGCCUCAUGUCGUCGCUCGAGAAGUUUGCCAAGUUUGCGCAGCCGGACAAGAUUCUCAUGGUCGGCGAGGCCCUCGUCGGCACCGACUCCGUCGCCCAGGCGCGCAACUUCAACGCCGCCUUCGGCUCCGUCCGCACCCUCGACGGCUUCAUCAUCUCCAAGUGCGACACCGUCGGCGACAUGGUCGGCACCCUCGUCUCCCUCGUCCACGCCACAAACGUCCCCGUCCUCUUCGUAGGCGUCGGCCAGCACUACUCGGACCUGCGCAACUUUUCCGUCAAGUGGGCCGUCGAGAAGCUCCUCAGCUCGGCCUGA